CGUCCCGCGAUGACUGCCUGGAUGCCCUCUGAUGUGCUUGGUCGAAGAAUCUUGUGUGGCACAGAGUAUGCCACUGUGCGCUAUGUUGGCAGUGUUCCUCCUACAUCAGGAAUUUGGCUUGGUGUGGAAUGGGAUGAUCCUCAGAGAGGAAAGCAUGAUGGUACCUAUGAAGGAACACAGUAUUUUACAUGCAGGCAUCCUAGAGGAGGGUCAUUUAUCCGGCCAAACAAGGCAAAUUUUGGAGUAGAUUUUCUUACUGCAAUAAAGGAUCGGUAUGGAUUGAAUGAUGAGCAAGAUGUUGAGCGUGGGGCAGAGAAUGCAUUCGUAUUUGGGAAGAAGACUGUGGAAUUCGUCGGUAUGGAUUCUGUUGCAGAACAACAAAGCCGACUGAACCAACUGGUAGAUAUCUCAGUGCGUGAGUGUGCAGUGAGCCAUGCUGGUCAGAAAGAGGAGAUCAGCAGAACAUGUGCUAGUAUCAGGCAUAUAAAUCUAUCCAAAAAUCUGAUAUCAUCUUGGGAGACAGUAACAGCUAUUGCUUCUCAAAUUCAAAACCUGGAAACGCUUAAUAUCAGUGAAAACAAAAUGAAGUUUCCACAUACAUCAACUUCUGUAUCCAGUGUAUUUUCAAAAUUGAAGAUUCUGGCACUUAAUCAAACUGAGAUUACAUGGACAGAGGUUCUUCUUUGUGCUCCAGGAUGGCCAGCACUCGAAGAAUUGUACCUGACUUCUAAUAAUAUUACUGUUUUGGAAAGGCCUGAUAAUGUCCUGCAGACCUUGAAGGUACUAGACCUUUCAGACAACCAGUUACUGGAUGGAAAUCAGCUGCAUCUAAUAGCACAUCUCCCCAGGUUAGAACAACUGAUACUUAGAAACACUGGGAUAUUUUCUAUACACUUCCCUGAUGCUGAAUUUGGAUGCAAGACUAAAAUGUUUCCUUCACUGAAGCACCUUGUGGUACAAGACAAUAAAAUAUCACAGUGGUCAUCUAUCAAUGAGCUUGAUAAACUGCCAAGUUUGCGGUCACUACAGUGUCACAAUAACCCUUUGAUGGACACAGAGAAGAACCCCGAGACUCUGAGACAACUAAUUAUUGCCAAGAUAAGUCAGUUGGAGGUUUUGAACAAGUCUGAGAUCCUUCCUGCUGAAAGAAGAGGAGCAGAGCUUGAUUAUCGCAAAAUAUUUGGAAAUGACUGGUUAGCAGCUGGUGGGAAUUGGAACCCAGAGAAAAACAAACCAAGUGAAGAAUUUCUUGCUGCCCAUCCCAGAUACCCAUUGCUCUGUCUCAAAUAUGGUGCACCUGAAGAAGGAGAACUGAAAGGACAACAGCCUUUGACUCUGAAAAAUCAGCUUCUGACCUUGACAAUUAAAUGUCCUGAGAAACCUGAACAGAAGCCAGUAGAGAAAAAGCUUCCAGAGUCCAUGACUGUUCAGAGGGUCAAAGGAUUGCUGUAUCGCCUACUUAAAAUUCCUGGUUCAGAACUGAAACUGUCCUACAGAAGUUCUAAACUGGAAGGAAAAGAAGUUGAACUAGACAAUGACUUAAAGACUCUGCAAUUUUACUCAAUAGAAAAUGGAGACUGCGUAUUAGUACGGUGGUAA